AUGUACAUGAAUAUUUGUUUUUAUUUGAGUAAAACAAACUCCAUACUCUAUUAUCGGCUAAUUUUUAUUUCAACGAAUUGUAACAACAAAAUUCAAAAACUGGCCCCUGCGCAUGGUUUAAGACUCUUCCCUCUUGUAGGGCUUUGCCAUUUUUCCUUUUUUAUUUUGCUGCUUCCCAUUAUUCAACUCAUCUUCGUCAGGACUAAUGCCUUAGUGCAAUCACACACUUAUCUUACCUCUAGCGAGGGUGAAUCUAUUUUAAAUCUUCCUGAGGAUCAACAAGUAGUAGCGAUUACAUCUCAAGAACGAUUGCUAGCAAUUGCUUCUAAUGAAAAUAUUUAUGUGUUCAACAACACUUUGAACUCAACUGACACCAAAGGCUAUGAAGAGCUAUUGAAAAUACCCCUCAAUUCUAAUGAAUCAAUAUCAGAUUUACAGAUUCUUGCCGCCCAAAGGAUAUUGCUUUUUUGUUUCUUCUCCUUUUGCAGAAUUUGCCAAAUCCCAGUAAAUUCUACGUCCUCGUCUCCUAAUGUAAAUUGUACAACUCGAAACUUUCAACAAACCGAAUCUCUUCGAGCAGUACUCUCUCCUGAGAAUCGGCUAUUUGUUCGCGCAAUUUAUUCGUCUAAUAGUGCCUCAAUUUUGGCUAUUGAUAAAACACAAACACUUGCUGCGCACGACUAUUCUGAGAUAAGUGAACAACGCGUAGUUUCCAGUUUUCACUCAGGCCAGUUUGUCUAUUUUAUUGGCAGCGCAAGACGCGUAGAUUUACCCUAUCAACUCGAAGCUGAAAAACUCAGAUACCGAACAGAUGUUCGCAUGACAAGGGUUUGUCAAGAUGACACUAGUCAGUUAGGUGAUGGAAAGUCCCUGGAAUCAAGAAUGGAAUUGGUUCUUUCAUGUGACGGACUUGAUAAUUCAUUACACAAUAAUGCCAACCAAAGAGCUAUUGCUGCGAGUAGAAGUACUGACGGAAAAACGCUAUUAGUUGUUAUCGAACGCGACGAGAUUAACAACGAAGAUGAUAUUGAAAGUCAACAUACAUUUGUUUGUCGCUUUUCAGUUGAGGAAUUGGAGAAUGCUUUUGAACAACUUUGGAGUACCUGUCAAAAAGUUGAAAGCACAAAAUGGCAAACAAAGCAAUGCGAAGGAGUAAUGCGCGACCCUCAAUGUUUCAUGUUCUCUUGGGAACUUGAUGAAAGAUUGCCUUUAUGCCGCCGUUUUGCUCAAGGUGGAUUAGAAAAUUGCCAGUUGAAUUCUACAAAGUCGCUCAUUUAUCGCUCAGGAUGGCUAGAGAAUUUUAAUGCCACACUUGGAACUCUAAUAACUGUUGAAGAGGUUGAAGAUGCACUUUUGUUGGGAUUUCAGAAUGGAACAAUUCAAAGAGUUGCAAAUAUUGCUACUAUAGUGGAAGGGCAGAAACAAUAUCAAGCCACUACUCUUUGGAAUAUUACUUUAGAAAAUAACCAAUUUAGUCACCUUGGAAUGAUUUUGGAUGGAAAUAAUCAUUUGAUUUUUGCAAAUAAAAAUAAAGUCCGAAAAAUGAAUUUAAGUUGCCCUACAAUGUAUCCUCAAUGUGAGGAUAUUGCUUGGAAUGAUCCUCUCAAUUGUAUUUGGUGUGCUUUCCCAAAUGAAACUGGAUUAACCAUAGCAAAAGAACAGAUGUUGGAGAUGUGUCAAUCUAUCGGCGGGUUUGCACUUGAUACUUGUCCACCAUUAGUUAAUGAGGUAACCAGAGAAGAGAGUGGAACAUUAACUAUUUGGGGAAAACGACUGAACACAAUGAAAAAUCUCAAUAUUUCUUUUUGCCGAAAACCAUGCACAAUUGAUAAACAACUACCUGACACAAUACGCUGUAAAAUGAAUUUGCCGUUUGGUCAUUGUAAAACACUCUCACUUGAAGGCAUAUUUGGCUCUGCAAAUAAUUUUACAAUUAUCCAUGAUCUAAGUAAACAACACAAUCAAAUUAGCGAUGGAAAGAUUCACCCAAGUUAUGUUAUGCGUGCAAUUUUAGUCAUUUUAGCUGUUGUGCUUAUUUCUAUUGCUUUGGUUGUUAUAUAUUGCAGUCUUUAUCCAAAAUAUGCAAAGAGAUUAAUCGACUUGGCCUUCUUUCGGAGUGCCAAUAACAGAGAAAUAUUACGACCGUCUACAUUCGAUCCUCAUACUUUCGGAUUGGCUUUAGGCAACUGUGCACAUUCUAAUCAAAAUUCUUUUGUUUCUGGUGGCGAUGAUGGAAGUCCUAUUGUUAUGUUGGCUGAUGGAGCUCGGUUGGAUCUGAGAACUUUCGAAUGUAUUGGGGAAGGAUAUUUUUCCAAAGUAUGUCGAGCACUCUGCCAUUACCAAAAAGAAAAAGGAGUAACUGAGACAAAACGUGUUGCUGUGAAAAUUAUCAAAAGUGCCACAGCAAUUGAAGAAGUAAAAUUGGAAGUUGACACUCUCAAAAAAUGCAAACAUCCAAAUAUUGUGCAAUAUAUUGACCAUUUUAUUACCGAUGAAAUGCGUUUUAUACAUAUUGUACUUGAAUAUAUGGGUGGUGGUGAUUUACACAAUUUUCUGAUUGAUAGAAAAAACACGCCAACAAUCGGAGAUGCUUUUUCUUACAUUAUUCAGAUUGCUAAAGGAAUGGCAUAUUUAGCUAGUCAACGAAUUGUUCAUAGAGAUUUGGCUGCCCGCAAUUGUAUGCUUGAUACUAGCAAACGUGUUGUUAAAGUGACAGACUUUGGCCUUUCUCGUGCACUAACCCGAUCAAAAUUAUAUGGCGAGAAUGAUGAAAACUAUGUGUAUAUUUACAUAUCUGGUAAUCAACAGCAGAAAUUGCCUUAUCGUUGGACAGCUAUUGAAUGUUUUAGAGAAGAUCCCUUGUUCUCCGAAAAAACUGAUGUCUGGGCAUUUGGAGUGCUGAUUUGGGAGAUAUUCGCCCGUCACAUUGAACCUUAUGAAAAUAUGAAAAGUACAGAGGUAAAGAGAUUUCUUGAAGCUGGCAAAAGGCUUGAAUGUCCAAAGCAUUGUCCUGAACCUCUUUAUGAGUUAAUGUUAUUUUGCUGGGAUGAAGAUCAAAUAAAACGACCAAAUUUUGAUGAAAUUUAUCUACAAUUAGAAAGUAUCUUCGAUGAAUUGAUGAAAAAUGAUUCAGAAUCAAUGAAUUGUCAAUAUGAAUCAUUGAACGAUUCGGAAUAUGAGACGCCAAUUACUACAAAACAAAAUUUGCCACCUACGCAGCUUUCUUCAUACUCACAUUCUGGAUUAUCUAGUACAUCAACAAGAGUUGUGGAUGAUCUAAAUAAUUCAACAGCAAUUUAGUUAUUAGAAUUUUGUGGGAUAGUGCGGGUAACCCAUUGCCAUAUGUGCUAAUUGUAUAUAAAUCACAGGCGGCUCCAAAGUGAUUAUACCAAAAAUAAAUUCCGAAGAA